AUGUCUGUCGGUUGGAAAUUUGUAGCCACGGUUAUAGUGGUCAUUUCAUUUGUGCACAGUUCUCAUAUAGAAAGUAGUCAACAUUUGUACGACUCCAUACGAGUCAUUGUGAACGAUCCCAAGAGUCUGUUUCAAAGGAAACUUUUAUUUUAUGCCAACUAUAAGCCAAAUACGAAUACAGCUCGCUACUAUUUCAAUGAUCUGGUCAAUUACAUAGCUCCUGAUAUGGCCAACAUUUCCUAUAAAAUUUUAUUUCAAAAUCAAAAGACCUUUCGCAAGACAAAAACUUUAAAGGUUUUGCUUUUUGAGGACAGAGAUGCCCUCAGUUAUUUCUAUGCUAAAAUCAAUAAAACCGGCAAUUAUAAUCUCUCAUACAAUCUAAUGCACAUAUCGACCAUAACCACAUUCGAUGUGGAUGUCAUAACCAAAGUCUUUGCCCAUCUAUACCGCCUGAGUAUUCUUAAUGUGGCCCUAUUGGUGAAUUUACUCGAAGAGGAUAUCAUAAUGGUGACCUACUUUCCAUUUACCCCCGACAAGUGUCACAGUAUUAAACCGGUUAUUGUGAAUCGUUAUGAUCCCAUACAACAUCAGUGGGUACAUAAAAACUAUUUUCCACCCAAAGUGCGAAAUUUGUAUGGUUGCCCUUUGACAUGUGCCGCUUGGAAUGAAUUUCCCUACAUCAAUUUGGAGUACAACAGCAAUGGUAAUGAUGUCACCAAGUAUAAGGGAUUUGAAGGGAAACUUUUGCAAUUUCUUGCUGAAUCACUAAACUUUACUACCAAGGUGUACAUCUUGAACUCAACGGAAGUAGAUGAGACAUUCAAAGAACCAGAUUUAAUAUUCAAGGAGGAAUUGCAUCGAUAUUAG